AUGAAAAUUGCUCAAUACACGAAUGUCUUGUACGCAACUGUCCAGGGAUACAUUUGUCUAGGGACGCAAUUGUCUCGUAUCAAUUGCCCAAUACACGAAUCUCGUACGCAACUGUCCAGGAAUUUGUCUCAGGACGCAAUUGGACGCAAUUGUCUCGUAUGCGAUUGCCCAAUACACGAAUGUCUUGUACGCAACUGUCCGUCCAAUGUCUAUCGUGAUAUUUCCAUUUUCUUUCUCAUUCUCUUUUUCUCUUUGUCUCUCAUUUGUUACUCACUUUCUAUCUCUUCCUCUCAUUCUCCCUUUUUCUCUUUUUUUCUCACAAUCUUAAAUUUUCCCUCUGUCCCUAUCAUUUCCCUUGCUUUCUCUCUCUCCCUCUUUCUUUCUUUCUGUCUCUUUCUGUUGAGAUGUUUCUUUCUUAAUCUCUCUCUCAUUUCUCACUCUUCCCCCCUCACUUUCCGCACUUAUUGCUCUCUUUUUUCCUCUCUCCCUCAUUUCUCAAUCACUCUUUUUCUUUUUCUCUCAUUACUCUCUUUCCCACUCAGCGCUCCCUAUCUUUCUCACUAUCAAUUUCGUGAUCUAAAUUGCUCUCUCUCUGUCUCCCUCCUCCUUCCUCUCCCUCUCCCUCCCUCCUCUCUCUCCCUAACUCCCCUCUCUCCCUCCCUUCCUCUCUCUCUCCCUCCAUCUUUCUCCCUCCCUUCCUCUCUCUCUCCCUCCUCUAUCUCCCUAACUCCUCUCCCUCCCUCCCUCCCUCCCUUCCUCUCUCUCUCCCUCCUCUAUCUCCCUAACUCCCUCUCCCUCCCUCCCUCCAUUCCUCUCUCUCUCUCCCUCCUCUCUGUCACUAACCCCAUCCCUUUCUCUCUCUCUCUCUCUCGUGUUUAA